AUGGAAACCCCCGGGCAGCUGUCGCAGUUGCGCAUACUGCAGCGCCAGUAUUUCCAGCUAGUCGAGCCGCAGCAGCUGAGAUGGCCGGACGAGGCAAUAUUGAAAAGGCCCCAGGUGCAGACGUGGCUAUUUACUCACCUGCUCGACGCAUCCACCAUUUCUUCCCCACCACCCGUGGGCUAUCAGCUGAGGUUCCUCAAGGAACUUGUCGCAAGACUGGAGCGGUCCAUAACAGACCCUGAAGAGGAUGAAAUUUCGGAUGAUAUUAUGGAGGCGAUGACUAGGCUACUCACUACUAACCUACCGUCUGAAACCAGCGCAGCACAGCAAAAGGCAUUGGUGACGUACUCGUUCCCGCAGCAGCCGACUGGCGCCAGCGUUUCCGGUGAGCGUACGGUAACACUAUUGGAGGCCCGUUCCGUCAUCUCCUCGUCCGGAACGACUGGCCUGAGAACUUGGGAAGCCGCUUUACUACUCGGAUCCUACCUUGCAUCCGCGGGUGGCCGGGGGUAUGUGAAUCAAAAAAGGUUAUUUGAACUUGGCGCGGGGACGGGCAUGCUGUCGAUACUGUGCGCAAAGCAUCUAGGUGUGGCUGGCGUUGUUGCCACGGAUGGCGACGAGGCGGUAGUCGAUGCCAUCAAAACCAACCUUUUCCUGAACGGGCUUGAUGUGAAUGACGACUCAGGCUGUCAAGUGCGUACAGCAGCACUCAAGUGGGGCUAUCCAGUCAACGCAACCAGUUUUGCUGAGGACUAUGGCAUGGACGUGCCCGACACUGUGCUGGGAGCGGAUGUUACCUACGACAGUGCCGUCAUUCCACGGCUGGUCUCGACGCUGCGAGCCUUGUUUGCGCUCAACAGAAGGCUCCGGGCCUUGGUCUCUGCGACGAUUCGCAAUGAGCAGACGUUCGAGACUUUCCUCGACGCGUGUAAGCGAAACAGGUUCAGCUUGGAGCCGAUUGAUUGCCCGCUUGUGCCUGAGGAUGACCAGGAAGGCCCGUUUUACCCAACAUCGACGCCGAUCCAGAUGUGGUGUAUCACGAGAGGCCAGGCUGCGGAUGACCCGUUUGGUGUUUGA